AUGACGAAAAGGAAGGCUCAAGAGGCCGCAGUCGUCUCAGAGCCUAAGAGGCCCAAGGUUGGCGAACUGGAAGGCACUGCUCCUAGCGACGACGAAUAUGACGACACAGCCAGUAACUCAGGCUCAACCUCUGGAAAUGCAGAUGCGGAAACGGUUUUGACAGGCCAGACCUCUCUUACUACUCGCUCCCGCAAGUUUCCCUCCGACUUAAAGACGAUUCCCUGCACCUACCCCGACUGCAACAAGACCUUCAACCGACCCGCCCGCUUGGCCGCCCACUUGCGCUCCCAUACCGAUGACCGCCCCUUCAAGUGCACAUACCCAGGCUGCGACAAGGACUACCGUGAGGAGAAGCACUUGAGACAGCAUGUCAAGGGCUCCCACACGCAGGAGCGGGCCUAUACGUGCACCCACGAGGGCUGCGGCAAGUCAUUUUUGACGGCGACGAGGUUGCGCCGCCAUCAGGACGUCCACGCCGGCCAGGAGAGAUUUCGCUGUCGUGAUUUCCCGCCGUGUAGCCAGAGCUUCCGGAAGCACAACACCCUGCAGCGACACAUCCGCUCUGAACACCUCGGUGCUCAUGCCUAUCCCUGUCCAGAACCCGACUGCGGCGCUGGGUUCGAUUCUCAGGGCGCCCUACGGAACCACACCAGGCGCGAACACAGCGAGCCUCAGUUCUGGUGCGAGGAAUGCGGCGGCGAUGGUGGAACCAAGGUCGGGUUCACAUCACUUGCGCUCCUGCAAGCUCAUAUCCGCAAGGAACACCUCAAUUGCAUCUUUUGCGACUUCAAGUGCACCGGCCAGUGGGAGUUGGAGCGACAUGUCGAGAUGCGGCACUCGGGCAUCUCCGUCGAGGCGCGCAAGACGAUUCCCUGUACCUGGGAGGGUUGCGACAAGAAGUUCACCAAGAAGCACAACCUUACCGUGCAUAUCCGCACUGCGCAUGAGGGAUUCCGGUUCGUCUGUGGGGAGCUCGACGUCAAGGGUCCGGUGGACUUUGAGGCCUGGUCGAACGAGCAGGGCUGUGGAGCUGGCUUCAUCACCAAGGCGAAUUUGGAAGAUCACAUCCGUUACGUCCAUAUGGGCAUGAAGCGGCCUCAGCCGACUAAGCCCCUUGAUGUUGCGGUCAAUCUCAUUGAUGAAAUUGCCGGCACCAAACGCACUGUCGCAUGCAUUAUGGAAGGCUGCAACGCACGCUUCAUCCGCCAUCACGACCUUCAAAUCCACCUUGAGGACCACCCUCCGAUUACACCUGCAACUCCCCAGAUGGACCAAGUUGAAGCUGCGAUUCUGAGCCUGGCGGAUACCAACACCAAUAGUGUGGAUUCCGCACCCUUUGGCGAGAAUCGCGAGAUGCCCGAGUUGCCGUUGUAUGGUAUUAUCCCUGGCGUCACCGACCUAAUCGACAGUGACCAAGGCCAGAACGAUGAUUUCUGGAUUGGUGCCGCCGACGACUUCAACUCACCGCAGCAGAUGUGGCAGGAAGAGGAAGCCGCCAUGCGCGCGCUGAUCGACGAGGACUUUGCCCGCUUCGUGGACCCGGCGCUCGGAAACAUGGCAUAA